UUUGGUUAGGUAAGUGGGGGGGGGGGCUAGAGGGGUCUCGAGGGAGGCUAUCGAGAAAAUGAAACUUAACUUCAAAAUUUUUCCACUGACGGGAUCUGCAAGGAAAGAGGUCGCCUCCCUUUACGACGAAAAACAUGGCCAGCAAAGAUCUCCUCCCCCGGUCAAGCCUCGGCUCUGAGCUGACAAUGGUCCUUGUAGGACAGGAGAGAGUGGGUAAGAGUGCAUCAGGGAACACCAUCCUGGGAAGACUGGAGUUUGAAUCCAAGCUAAGUUUCAGACCCGUGACUCUGAAAUGCCAAAAGGGAGAAGGCGUUGUGUGUGACAAGAGGCUGAAAGUGGUGGACACCCCUGGACUCUUCAACAGUGAGCUUUCUAAAAGUGAGGUGGAUGCAGAAUUUGAAGAGGCUUUGCGGCUGAGCUCCCCAGGCCCCCAUGCCUUCUUACUCGUCCUACAACUGGGACGCUUCUCCGAACAAGAGAAUAAAGUGAUGGAAACGCUAGAGAAAAUGAUGUGUCCCUCCAUUAGUGACCACACUUUGGUGCUCUUCACUUAUGGAGACCGACUGAGUGGCACUGACAUAGAGCAUUUCAUCAGGGAGGACAAGAACCUGGAGAAAUUAGUUCAGAAAUGCGGUUGGCGAUAUCAUGUGUUUAACAACCAUGAUGCAGGAAACAUCCAACAGGUGAAAGAACUCCUGGACAAAAUAGAUGACAUGACAGAGCGAGGACAGCUACGGUAUCUGAGGUAUUCUUGCAGAUCAAAGAAGUCUGGACUGAUCUCCAGGAUGAAACAACUGGUCCAAGUGAUAUCGACAGUGAAAGGUUUACUGCUUCUCGCAGGAACUACAACAGCCUUGGGUACCAUUUACUAUAUUACAAGAUAGAAGGGAUUUCAUGAAAGAGUCUUGGGCUUAAAAAUAUAAAAGAAUGAAUGACUAUAUGAGAAACCAUAAUGUAACCUACAUCCUAAUGUAUCCUAUGUACUCAAGCAUAACAGACAUAGAUUAUAGAUCCUUUAGAGAAGUGUAGAGAGUUGAAAUGUUCCAGUGCUCACAAGCUUUGAGUGACAUUGUAUUUUAGUUUACGACUUCGUAGAAUAUGUCACUGAUUAGAAGUUCUUUAAAUAAAUGUGAGGUGUUUGAAUAAAAUUUAUAUACAAAUAACAUCAAAAA